ACCCGUUGAGGUGUCACUUUCCAACGUCAUGAUCGCGCAGUAGUAAUGCGGUGCCUAUCAUAGCCCUCACCUGGCGAUCUAUACAUGCGUACAUAUAUCAAAGUGAUAUCCCACUUCAGCUCGCUUAUUCCUUCUUCCUCUUUCCUCUUCCCUUUCCCCGACUUCUGUCUCCAUGCAUCUCCACUGCGUCUGAGCAACUUGGGCUUUCCGAAUAUUUACCUACCUACCUACCUACCUACCUACCCAAGUCUGUUGAGCUGCUGUACUGGCUACCAUUCAAAAUGUUGUCUAAUCGCCGUUCCAUGCUCUCGAUCCCUUCAACCAACAUAGUUCCCGUCUCUCUCAGUCGCCCACGCUCUGCCUACACGCCUGGCUCGCAACCACAAAUUCCGGGAGCAGUCUACGGAGAAGACGAGCCACACAGCCGAGUAGCCUCGGUUCCGACCUCGACCACUCCCUACCUACCCGGCUACCACACGGUGAAGCUCAUCGGCACCGUCUACGGCAUGGCCACGAUCGCGCGCAAGGACAGCAAGUCGUUCCUGAAAGUCGCCGGGACGGGACUCGAGGCAAACACCCUGACGCACAUGUUGUACGAUGCGCGGGCCCAGGCGACGGAGCGCAUGACGAUGGACUGCAUCACUCGGGGCGGCAACGCCAUCAUAGGGAUGAGCUUUGGGGAGAGCGAGGUCAUGGGAUUCGCGUUGGUGUCGGUGUCGGGCACGGCUGUGUAUGUCGAGCGGGAGGCGCAGUUUAGCAUUCCGGUAUCGCCGCAAUAGCUCCAAGUUCGGGUUCUCAGAUUUGCUGCAGGCCUAACUAAGCCUUCCUUGGCGGUGCUAAGCCAAGUUCGAGUCUCGGAGAGGCUUAGCCAGGUGGGUUAUGCGCACGGACCACCCACAGCUUCCCAGACGACGGAAGCCU